AUGCAUAUACGUUGGUUGCGUUACGGUGGCAGCUACGGCAUUGUCGGACAAGUCAUUAAUGUACGCGUCGAUUCGGACAAAAUUGUGCAUCAGCUAACGGGUCAAUUGGACGAUGAUGAUCAGGCGUCCAAUGUCAACAUCAAUCACAUUGAGGACUCAUACAACAGCAGUGAUAUUGUGACGGACACAUACAGCGUCGCCGAAGACACUUUAAUCGGCUACAAGAAUCUCUCCGAAUCUGCUACAAACCGGCAAAAGUUUCACAAAAUGAGUGUCGUCGAGUUGGGUAGACUGCCUUAUAAGAUCCCUAACAUUGACGUUGAGAAAGACAUAGUAAACGGCGAGUUAAUGUGUGUAGAACUGCUCAAUGUAGACAAGCCAUUUGCGGAGUUAGAGGCAGGCUGCUGGCUCUAG